AUGAUCAGGCCCGCUUCGCCCGUGCAGUCGCCGCUCGACGAGCCAUCACCGCAUGACGACUCCGACGACCAUUCCUCACCGCCGACGGCGAUACCAGAGCCAGAAAGGAUGACGACAUUGGCGGAAACGGCGCCGGAGGCAGCGGCAGAGAACUCGUCCAAAUCACGAGGCGAGGGCGUGCCAUCUCCUCAUCUCGACUGUCGUCGGCGAGCCCUUUGCAUCCCGAGACCCGCCCGGGAUUCCAUCUACGAUAUCCUCCACGAGCAUGCCGGACGGUCACUCUUUGUGCGUCCCAUCUUCUGGACCGACCUGCACGCGAAGCUCCUCGGUGUCCGGUUUCACGAGCUGCCGUCCUGCGACGCCCCCUCCCCCAUCAGCGUGGCCGGAUCGCCACCGUCCAACGGACACAUGCGACCGUCCCAAACCAUCACGACGCUCAGCAAUGCCAUGACGGAAAUUCUCGUUCCGGCAGUGAUGCAUCCCAUCUUGGCUUCCCACGCCGUCAAGUCGAUCCUCUCAACCCUCUGGCCCGAGCCGUUCAGCAAGCCCGUCUUCCUUCCCGAGCUGCAUCUCUUCUUCAAAGACCGCGUAUAUCGCGAUGUUGUGCGUGCCCAGGUCAUGUGGAACCACCCUUCGGACGAGCCCAGGUCGUCGGACGGCUCCUUUCAGUCUACAUCGACGCGACCAGCCGACACUGCCGGCGGCCUCUCGACCCCGGCCGGUCACAAUCCCGCGAACCUGCCGAUGAUGUGCUACAUUGCAAAGAACCAGCUGGCCGUCAUGCGAAAGCACAUCUUCCGAAUCCCGCCAGGCCCGGGUCGGAGUUUGAACGAGCCCGUCUUUCGCCUGCAGCAGAUGAGGUCUCGGGCGCUGACGCCGGCAAAUGCCGACCACGACGUCCAAUUCGUCGCCAUCUUUCUCGCCAUGGCCCAGCACCACUUCUACCCCAGACCAGCGUCGUCCUGGGGAAAGCACUGGUCGUCGUCUGCGGAAUCCCCUCCGCAGCCGCACUUCCAGGACAUCAAGCUGAGGAUCUUGACGCACGACUGCGAGACGGCCGAGUUUAUCGUCUAUACUGGGCACGUACCCGCCAAGUUGCUGGAGCGAUUUCACUGCCCAUCCAACGCGUGCCGCCUGGACGAUGGCAGCCUCCCCGGUGUGAGGAUAGAGUAUACGAGAGUCCCCAUCUGGCCCAUCCUUGGCCUGCGGGAGCGAUUAGGCAAGGCGUUCGGCGAGGAGGUCGUUGGACCCUUCGACCCCACGGUGAUGCAGUCAUGGGAGGUCGAUGAAGGAGAUGCGGAGCCGCAAGACGUCGGCAAGCGAAAACGCGAGGCUCUCUCCGAAGUCUUUAACAGAAGCUUCGAUGAUGAUUCGGGAACGGAAGAAGACGAGCAUGUGGGCGUGGGCGUGAAGAGGCGAUGCCUCGCGGGGUCUUCUGUCAGCGUCGUUGCGUAG